CCUGUUUUGCAGUGGCAGCAUCAAUGUGGCCUGGAGAUGGUUUGGUAAUGUUUCAGCUUGGAAGAGGAUAAAAAAGAUCACAUUUGAUAUCCAGAAUGAAAGAUUUCGUGUAAUGUAAUUGUUUAACAAAACAAAAACUCUAAAAUGGGCGACUGGAACUUCCUUGGCGGAAUCUUGGAGGAGGUCCACAUCCACUCCACCAUGGUGGGCAAGAUCUGGCUGACCAUCCUGUUCAUCUUCCGUAUGCUGGUGCUGGGUGUUGCCGCUGAGGAUGUGUGGAAUGACGAGCAAUCGGACUUCAUCUGCAAUACAGAACAGCCGGGGUGCCGCAACGUGUGCUACGACCAGGCCUUCCCCAUCUCGCUCAUCCGCUACUGGGUCCUACAGGUCAUCUUCGUCUCUUCGCCAUCUCUGGUCUACAUGGGCCACGCCAUAUACCGACUGCGCGCCCUGGAGAAGGAGCGCCACUGCAAGAAGGUGGCGCUGCGCCGUGAGCUGGAGUCCGUAGACGCCGAAUUGGCGGACGCCCGGCGGCGAAUCGAAAAGGAGAUGCGUUGUCUGGAACAGGGCAAGCUGAACAAGGCCCCGCUGAGGGGUUCACUUCUUUGUACCUACGUGGCGCACAUAGUCACUCGCGCCGUGGUGGAGGUCAGCUUCAUGACCGGCCAGCUGCUCCUCUACGGGCACCGCCUCAGCCCGCUCUACAAGUGUGACCGCCAACCCUGCCCUAAUGUGGUGGACUGCUUCGUGUCGCGGCCGACUGAGAAAACUGUCUUCAUGGUGUUCAUGCAGAUAAUCGCAUGUAUUUCCCUGUUCCUCAGCCUUCUGGAAAUCAUGCACUUGGGCUACAAGAAGAUCAAAAAGGGCAUUCUGGACUACUACCCGCAUAUCAAGGACGAUUUAGAUGACUACUAUGUCAACAAGUCCAAGAAGAAUUCGGUGGUGCACCAGGUGUGUGUUGGUACAUCUGCGGGCGGGCGCAAGGCCACCAUCCCAACAGCACCCAGCAGCUACACCUUGUUGUUGGAGAAGCAGGGCAACGGGCCCAACUACCCACUUCUCAACGCCUCCUCCGCCUUUGUGCCAAUCCAAGAGGACCCAAGUGUCAAGCUGGUGGGGUUUAAGGAUAGCAAAGAGGGCGUCUCAAGCCCCACUGAUCAGAACAGCAACAACACGAGCAGCGAAACCCGUUCGCCACCCGUUGACAAGGACGCAGAGGAGCUGGAUUGCGCCGAAUACCCCACCUCCUCCGACCCACCCGCUCUCCCGGUCGUGGCCCGAAAGUCCCGGAGACAGAGUCCUCAGUGGAAUUGCUCCACGGUUCUCGAGAGCAACGCCUCAGAUAGCGGCGACUCCUACCCGGGCGGCUCCAUGAAGCUCCGAGGAGGAAGCGGAAGCGGAACCGUGGGCCCCCGAGCUAGGAACCUGCUCUCCAAGUCGGACAGCGUGAGGAGGCCCGGCAGGCCUCAGAGCCCGGAAUCGGGCGAGGAUGCCAGCUCGGUGUCCCGACGCAGCCGAGACAGCCCAAGCCCUGCUGCCUCCUCCCCAAACCGGCGGGUGUCUGCAACCAGCAGCGGUGGCAGCAGCAGCAGGCGAGCGCCCACAGAUUUGCAGAUUUGACAUGCCGUUCACAGAUGGACAUUUUUUUCGACAGGUAGUGGCGGCGUGUAACGAAACUGGAAAUAGUUCAAGUAUGGAGGUCGAUUUUUCAGAAUCUCUACUGAAGUAUUCAUUCAUGUAAAGACGUAAAGUUUACGUAAUGGAUUUAAAAGCUGUACAUUCUCCUUACUCUGUCAAAGUAGGUUGGUCACAUAAUCCAGAUGUCAUUCACAAAUACUAGUUAUUUCAAACCUCUACAAAGUAACAAAGAACAAAUUCUUCGUUACAAUCAAGGGCGUAGGUUUGGCCUCAACAUUGGUAGGGACGAUAUACCAGCAUAGACCCGCAUGUACACUUUUUGCUUGGGACGGGACAUUAAUAAGACCAAACAUUAUUGAACAAAGUCGGCACUUUUUGUUAUGUACUUCCUCAAUCUAAGUACAUUUAAGGCCGAGAUUUGAGUGGAAAAACACUUCUUUAUUCAGUGUGCUUCUCUCAUCACAUGUGCACACGACUCAUCACUUAGGGUUCUUUUUACUGUAAUACCACACCCACAGGGAGCGCAUACCACACCCGCAGGGAGAGCACAACUAUGGCAACAGAACGUUGACAUAGAUAUGUUAAAGUUCAGGAGAUAGAACAUUGAUUCAAACUUUUUAAGAAACCUUUUGAAGUGCAAGUCCUUUUAUAUAAAAUUGGGGAGCUAUCCAAGAACGAGUCCACUUCUGGGGGAUACUAGAGUACCCCUAGACUCAAACUAAGAUAUUGUAAUAUAAAACUGAUUUGGGAAAAAAAAUAUUUUAAAAAAUCUGACAUAUCCAACAUACUAAACUACCGCAAGACUCGAACCAAAGUACUUUCAUGAAAUUCCGAUGUGUAAUUUGAUUUCAUAGAUUUUUUUUUUUCAUGUCAGUGUCCCCCCUGACAUGACUUUUUUUUUUUAAAUAAAAGGACUUGCACUCUGAAGCGAUUGUCUUGCAUUGCCAUAAUGCAAACACUGAUCCAAUUGAAGGAUGGCUAGCUUGACUUCAUUGUUCCUUGUGGAGGCUGGCCUGACCGCAGGAGUUCUGCAGGUUAGCAAAUUCACACAUUUUAACGUAAUGCUAACUCCGAUCCAACUUGGACUUUCAGCAGCAAAUUUAGUGGUGUUUCUCCCACCUCCACAACAUUGACAUCUUUUUACAUGACUAACAGUGGCUGUCUGUUGCUGGCGGAAAAAACUGUCCACUCGAUCGCAACGCUAGUGUGGGUAACUCGCGGCAUCCAAAAAAAAAUUUUUUUUCCUUCAAUGUACAUAGUUAAUUGUCUGUAUGUUGUGUUUUGUCAGCAACAUAUGAGGUUAUGCAGCACCAGUCUCUCUCUAGGCAGCUUCUUGCUCACGUUUUUCUAGUUUGAUAGUUUCCAGCAGAAUUAACUACAUUUCUCACAGUUUAAUUUCCGUUAACAGUAGAAAACACAAACAGAAGGACACUUCUGAGCAACUUCCUACUCGAGUUUUGCAGGUUAGCAAGUUCACACAGGUAAAUGUUUUGCUAAAUCUGACGCAGGUUAGACUUUCAGUCGCCAAAUAAGUGGUGUUUUUCCCACCUCAACAACAUUGACGUCUUUUUACAUGACUAACAGUGGCUGGCUGUUGCUGGCAGAAAAAACUGUCCACUCGAUCGCAACGCUAGUGUGGGUAACUUGCGGCAUCCAAAAAAUAUUUUUUUUCUUCAAUUAGAGGUGUGCGAAAUUUCCGAUUCUUUGAUUAUUCGCGAUUCGGCCUUGGAAGAUUCGAGAACGAUUCACAAACAUCCAAAUUCCGAUUAUUGAAAUAUGUCAAAUAAAUCGGAAGUAAAACACACUCAGCGCGCCACGCGGUCUUCAGGACGCAAUGAACAUCAUGCUUGUCAUUACCCGGCCCCUCGGGUAAUGCCAAUGCUCAACACACAGCUCUAGCUCAACUCAUGCCGCAAGAUAAAAAAACAACAACAUACCUGACUGCUGCCGAAAGCUGCUACAAAGUCCACAUAAUGUUAAGGUAGAUAUCAUAUUUAUAUAGGACUAGAUGCAAAAUAGACUCGGUGGCGAUAGCAGCACAUGUAGAGAAAGCUAGAUGCGGGCGUUAGUAAACGGCCGCCAUCUUAAAGCAGUAGACUUCCCUGCAAGGCUGUUGUAGCGAACCUUCCAAGCGAACCUAAUUAACUUUUUAUCUAAAAUACUCCUAAAUCGGUAAAAUAUUGACUUGAACCUAUCUUUAAAAUAGUUUUAAAACUUUCACAUGUCGAAAGUAGACAAAAGGGAAAUUAUGGAAUAACAGGAGCAAUUUCAACAACUUAAAAGGUUGAUUGACAACAUUAAAUUAAUUGAAUGUAGUUUAAAGCUGCUGAUACAGAAUGGGGAUUUGAGUAUAUUAUUUAUUGUUUUUAACUGUUAA